GCCUGCGCUCACGCGCCUGGUGGGCAGGAGGCGGCUGGUGGCGGCGGGGGUCCUGGGGGUCGUGAUGGUCCUGGUUCUGGUCAUCCUCAUCCCGGUUCUGGUCAACUCCGCAGGAACCGCAGCCCACUAUGAGAUGCUGGGGACCUGCAGGAUGAUGUGUGACCCGUACGGAACCAAAGCUCCCACCGGCACCGCCACGGAGGACCCUGUCCGGGACGAGCGGCCGGUCCAGUCCUUACCCACCUUCAUCCAGGGGCCCAAAGGGGAACCGGGCCGUCCGGGGAAAGCGGGUCUCCGGGGGCCUCCGGGUGAACCGGGACCCCCCGGUCCCGCGGGGCCACCCGGAGAGAAAGGUGAUCCGGGCAGACCGGGUCUACCGGGACCCCCGGGACCGAGCGCCGCCGCCGGUGCCAUCAGCGCGGCCACGUACAGCACCGUGCCCAAAAUCGCCUUUUACGCAGGACUGAAAAAGCAGCACGAGGGCUACGAGCUGCUCAAGUUCGACGACGUGGUGACCAACCUGGGGAACCACUACGACCCCAGCACCGGCAAGUUCACCUGCUCCAUCCCCGGGAUCUACUUCUUCACCUACCACGUCCUGAUGCGCGGGGGGGACGGAACCAGCAUGUGGGCGGACCUGUGCAAGAACAACCAGGUCCGGGCCAGCGCCAUAGCCCAGGAUGCGGACCAGAACUACGACUAUGCCAGUAACAGCGCCGUUCUGCAUCUGGAACCAGGAGACGAGGUCUACAUUAAACUAGACGGAGGCAAAGCUCAUGGAGGAAACAACAACAAGUACAGCACUUUUUCGGGGUUCAUCAUCUAUGCCGACUAGUUAAGCACUCUGAAGCGCCUCGGCAGAUCGUCCUUAAAGCGAUACGAGGCAGAGACUUGGGUCGUUCAAAACAUGUGUUGGUCAUGAUCAGUGGAUGUGUGUUUGGAUCUGA